GGCGACGAGCUGGCGCAGGACGAGGACCGCCAGUUGACGAAGCGCGAGCAGCAGCACUUCAGGAGGGCCGCCACGCUGUCGGAGACGGACGCCUGCAGGCUGUCCAAGCCCGAGCUCGAUGCGAUCGCGGCGCAGGGCCUCGCCGAGAGGGGCGACGCCGAGGUCAGCCAGCAGUCGCCGCCCACGCCCGCGUCGCAGAGCUGGGAGGGCAGCGAGGCCGAGGGGGAGCAGUUCGAGCAGUGGCUCCGCGGCGAGGGCGACGGCAGCAGGGAGUACAUCUACGAUGACGAGUGU